AACCAGCUCCCAGAGCAUCUUCCGGCGGGAGCCGUGCAGCUCCUUACCAUGGGGACAAUUCAUCUCUUCAGAAAACCACAAAGAUCUUUUUUUGGCAAGUUAUUACAGGAAUUUAGACUGGUAGCAGCUGACCGAAGGUCCUGGAAGAUACUGCUCUUUGGUGCAAUAAAUUUAACGUGUACUGGCUUCCUGCUUAUGUGGUGUAAUUCUACCAAUAGUAUAGCUUUAACUGCAUAUACUUACCUGACCAUUUUUGAUCUUUUUAGUUUAGUAACAUGUUUAAUCAGUUACUGGGUAAUGAUGAGGAAACCUAGCCCUGCGUAUUCAUUUGGAUUUGAAAGGUUAGAAGUCCUGGCUGUAUUUGCCUCCACAGUCUUGGCACAAUUGGGAGCUCUCUUUAUAUUAAAAGAAAGUGCAGAACGCUUUUUGGAGCAGCCCGAGAUACACACGGGAAGAUUAUUAGUUGGUACUUUUGUGGCUCUUUCUUUCAAUCUCUUCACGAUGCUUUCUAUUCGGAAUAAACCUUUUGCUUAUGUCUCUGAAGCUGCUAGUACGAGUUGGCUUCAAGAACACGUUGCGGAUCUUAGUCGAAGCUUGUGUGGAAUUAUUCCAGGACUUAGCAGUAUCUUCCUUCCCCGGAUGAAUCCAUUUGUUUUGAUUGAUCUUGCUGGAGCAUUUGCUCUUUGUAUUACAUACAUGCUAAUUGAAAUUAAUAAUUAUUUUGCUGUAGACACUGCCUCAGCAAUAGCCAUUGCGCUGAUGACAUUUGGCACUAUGUAUCCUAUGAGCGUGUAUAGUGGGAAAGUAUUACUCCAGACAACACCACCCCAUGUUAUUGGUCAGUUGGACAAACUUAUCAGAGAGGUGUCUACCUUGGAUGGAGUUUUGGAAGUCCGAAAUGAGCAUUUCUGGACCCUAGGUUUUGGCUCAUUGGCUGGAUCAGUUCAUGUGAGAAUUCGACGAGAUGCAAAUGAACAAAUGGUCCUUGCUCAUGUGACCAACAGGCUGUACACACUAGUGUCUACUCUGACUGUUCAGAUUUUCAAGGAUGAUUGGAUCAGGCCUGCCUUACUGUCUGGGCCUGUUGCAGCCAACGUCCUAAACUUUUCAGAUCAUCAUCACAUAAUCCCAAUGCCUCCAUUAAAGGGGACUGAUGAGUCAAACCCUGUCACAUCGACUCCAGCUAAACAUAGUAGUCCACCUCCAGAAUUUUCAUUUAACACCCCUGGGAAAAACGUGAGCCCAGUUAUUCUUCUAAAUACACAAACAAGACCUUAUGGUUUGGGUCUUAAUCAUGGACACACACCUUAUAGCAGCAUGCUUAAUCAAGGACAUGGAGUUCCAGGAAUUGGAGCAACCCAAGGAUUCAGGACUGGUUUUACAAAUAUACCAAGCAGAUACGGAACUAAUAGAAUUGGACAACCAAGACCAUGAUGUACUGUAAUUUAAUUUAUUUUUAUGAAGAAUAUUGACUCCUUGCCUUCCAGUUUAUUUCAUAAUCCAAUUUUACAUCGACUGUUCAAUCAGUUACUCUAAGUGUUAGAGAAUAGUAGGCUUGUUCGCAUUUCAUGAAACCAAUGAAACUAUUUUUUGUAAAUGUAUUUGGGGCAGUGAGAACCUUCUAAAUGUUAUAGGCUUUAAAUAGGCUUCCUUUAGAAGGAGUGUUUAUCUAAAUUUGAAUUUUGCUAUCUUUGGUUUUGUAGUUGACUGCAGUGUGAUAUAACAUUACCUUUAUAAGAGAGCCACUUGAUGGAUUGGAUCUGUCACAUUAUCAAAAAUAUAAUACUUUCUUCAGUGAAAUUUAUAAACAUGCUUCUUGAAUACACAUUUUAGGAAAAAAAAUGCAUUCUAAAAGUAAAAGUCUUUUUUAUAGAUUUUCCAAACUUAAUUGCUACAUUUUUUUGUCGUCCUCUGGAAUUGUCUUGCAAAGUAAAAGCAAAAAAUUUUAUGAGAAAUUUAAGAACAUAUUCUAAUAUCAGGCAUAAUUUAAAAAUUUUAGUUAUCAGUUUUUUUAAAGAUUUUACUAAAAAAAUUUGAUACAUUUGUAAAUGGCCCAUCAUUCUCCAAGUGUUUUAUUUUGGUUGAAUAAAUGCUGAAUCCUUAGGUGAUAUGCAGUGAAGGAAUCCCAGUUUUCUGCUUUACAUUUAGUCAAACACUGACAUAAUGAUGGAUUUAUUUUUUGAUCACCUUUUUUUUUUUUUAAGUUUUUUGGGGGGGUAGAUAAUUAGGUUUAUGUAUUUAUUUACUUUUUUUAAAGGAGGUAGUGAGGAUUGAACCCAGGACCUUGUGCAUACUAAGCACUUGUUCCACCACUUUGAGCUAUAACCUCCCCACUGGUCACCUUUUCAUUGGUUGACUUAUCAAUUUCUAAUUUUAUUAACAAAAUAUAUCACAUAUAUUACCAAAAUAUGUGGAAUUCCAUACAUAAUAUGUGAUUUAAUCUUUUUUCAAAGUUGCAUAAACAGUUUGUUUACAUUAUAUAAUUUUACCAAAACAUAGUGGACCUUAGCUUAUAGAAUACAGCAUUGUUAGAUCUGCCAUAGGCACUUUCUAAGUUACUUUGUUUUGUCUUGUUGAAGAUAGUGAAUUGUUAACUAUAAUGAAGUGUGAGAAUCAUGUAGAUUACUAUUUUAUUAUUUUCCAAAUGCAAAUGUUAAGGACUUUCUGAUAUGGCCAGUAUUACUUAUAAAAAUUAUAAUAAGCAGCAGUUACAAAUUACAUAUGAGUUUUUUCGUUUUAUCAUGAGUUUUAUAAUUAGGAUUUUAAAAAUGGAUUUUGAAAGUGGAUUCAGCUUUUAUAGAAUCCAGUACUCCUGGAGAUUGGUAACAUUGCCAACCAUUAGCAGCUAUCUAGAGAAGAUUUUUUUUUUUUAAGAAUUCUCAAGUUUCUUCAACUAUCCUCCUUUAAAUAUGAGCAACACUCCCAAAUCCUGUUUCUUCACAGUGGAAUAAUAAACAUCUAGGAAGCCACCUGUCAAGCAGAAUUGUAGUCAUCCUGUGAUAGUAAGUGACCAUGUCCCAAAUAACUUUUGCUUGAUGGGGAGUUGAUUAUUGUCUUUGACAUCUGCGACCCUAUUCAGGCAUUUGACCUGCUGAAGAAAUAGAGCCCACCUUACCUUGACUGCUGUGGAAAGUGGAACGUAAGAUGUGAUAAGGCAACCUUCUCCUUGUCCUUUGUCUUAGGUUCACCAACUGUUACUGUACCUAUUACUGGUCUACUAUUACAGGGUGGUUUUUCCUCCAUUGACCUCAUCUAAAUGUGAAGUCGGUCAUGCAUGAAAUCUGAAGAACUGCCAUGUACCGAGUGGUGAUUAUAAGGAAAUGGAAGAUUGUGUAAAAAUUGAGGUGUGAGAGAUGCUGUUAGAAUAUUCAGCACCUGUUUUCAAAACUGGAGUCAAACUUCGGCAAUAUUAGGUCAUUUCCUCUUCUGGAGAAGCAGACACUACCUAUUGUUUGUUUGGGUAUGGAAUGUUCCUUACUAUAAACUUGAGUAAGUAAGCCUCCUUCAGUAUCUCAAGAUUUGGAGUUUGGGGAUUGUUAUUUUUAACCCUCCCUAGACCCUUCAUGAACUUCCUCCAUCUCUAAUGGAAUGGGGCACUCUAAAGUACCUCCUACAAAAGGGAAGGUUUAUCCCAGCCAUGACCAUGAAGUCAAAGAAAACACACAAAGGAAUGGUGAAGUUAAGAAAAAGUAGGUUUCUUAGUCUGAAAGACUACGGAGCCACCCCACCUGCCUGCACUGCCUGCUUCUGGACUGUCCAGGGAAAUAAAGUUCUGUCUUCUGUAAGCCAAGGUAUGGUUGGGUCUCUUGUUACACCAGCUUAGCCUGUGCCCAGCCUAACUCAAAUAGGGCCUCACUUUCUCCUCUCUUCUUCCUUCCCAUGAGGUAGUCCUUAUAGGUAGCAUUCUCCCUGCUCUCUCUUACACUUCAUGUUCAAGUCCUUUCUGCCUCUGCCUCUUUCCCAGGUACUUCCCAGCAUGGCAGGCACGCAGCCAAAAUGCUGGUAGCCAGUUAGUGUGUCUGUAUAUAAGGCCUGUUCCCCAAAGAGCAACUUCAUUUCUCCUCCCCGACUAGCAGAACAGAUUUCACCACCUGAAAGGAACUUAACAGAGAAGAUUUAAAGCCCAUUCUACUGUCAGAGGGUGAGCUAUUUAUACAGGCUAUCUGCUAUGCUGAAAGAACGGUAUUGGUAAGAAAGCUUCUUGGAUAAUUAUUAGAAUAUGUGUGAGCACAGGAACCAAGAACAAGCAACAUAACCCAUAAUUAAGGUCAUGGGUUUUGUUCAUUUAACCUGCAGUGUUUUUGUCAUCAUGAGGAGCAGACUAAUGAGAGAAGAUAAAUCUGUGGCAUUUAGAGCUGUUGGCUGUAAGUGGGCUGUAGAGAUUGCAAGUGGCUUGAUCCAAAUUCCAGGCAGAAUCUCAGAUCCACUAGGUAGAAGGAUUCUGAUCAUCAAAGGGUUCCUACAUCUUAAACAAAACUCUAAUAUUGCCAGAGACCACCUUGUGGAUCCCCUGAGCCUGAACUUGGUUUACCAUUUAUUCAUCCAGCAAGCAUUUUUGAGUGCCUGCUGUGUACCACGGAUUGUGCUGGGUGCUGGGAAUAUGUGAAAAGGACAGACAUGGUACUGUCUCAUUGGGCUUACAAUAUAGUGUGAAAACAUACAUUAUAAAGUAAUUAGGUGGGUGAUAAGUGCUGUGGUAGGUCAGAGUGCCCUGGGAGCACGCAAAGGGCAGGAGGCCUUCCAACCCCCCUUUGUUCUCAAAACAUUGGCAGUUGGACUUAGCAAGUCCAGGAACAAGACAGGAUUCUUCUCAGAAGCUGAGCUGCCUCCAAGGAAAGGCCCUACAAAGGAAGAGCCAUUUUGCUUUCCUGACCACCCACAGUGAACCUAACCCCCUUCCUCUGGAGCAUGGAGCUUCCUGUCAACUUGUGCCUCACUCUACAAUGUGAAGAGAACAGUACAGGAAUACCAGACAUUUGAGAACAGCCUCCAACAAGGAAGACAGAGACCAAAAGCCAAACAAAAAGCUUCCAAGAAAUGAGGCAACAUAGGGAACAGGAAAAACAAAUUUCAAACACUUGAGUUUUUUUUUUUUUUUUUUAGAGACCCUAAAAAGUUUCUGCAUCUAACCCAACAAAAAUAAGAUGCCAAUUUAAAAAAAAAUACCAUUAGAAAAUAAGAAAGAGCACUUGGAAAAGAAAAAUAUAAUAUCAAGAUCCAUGUGGUAGAAUGGGCCCAGGAUUUACCACUGAGCUUCUAGAACAGGAGUAUGAUCUGGUGGUUCUUUUUUUGAGAACAAACUGGUUAAUGGAGUUCAGGUGUGAUGGCUGUCUUUUUGAGAACAUGCUGGAUAAUAGAGUUCAACCUCAAACAUUUAAAUUGAAAGACAUUUUAAAAAGGGUUAAGUUAGAACAGGUGAAUAGAUCCCUGAGCUAGCAACAAUUUCCAUUUGGCACUCUCAGAUUGCUGUUGGACUGGAAACAAAAUCUGGGGAGUCAGAAUUUUUAAAUGGGAAUUAAAGCUUUAAGGUUGAAUGUAAUCUCCAAGGAAGAAGAGCAGAGAGCCUAGGACCGAGCUCUAAGAAAAAUUGGGAUCAUUUAACAUCUGUGUAGAGGAAUUGCCACUGCAAAGGAGCCUGAGAAGUAAUUAAGGUAGCAUGAAAGUCAAGAGAACACUUUGAAAAGGAGGGAGUGAUCAGUGUCAACUUUUACAGAGGUAAGUCUAACACUCUGGAAAAUGUCCAUUGAAUUAAGCCACAUGCAGCUGUAGAGAGUCAGCUGGAAUGAGUGAAAAGCAGAGGAUCAUCAGGAAGUUGAGAUGUACUGACGGUACAUAAAAUUUUGUUUUGAAGCAGGGGAGAGAGAGAAAGAUAGCCAUAGGAGAAAGAUAAGAUUGAGGGAGAGUUUUAUUUAAAAUGUGAGAAAUUUAGCAUCUUUAAAAACUGAUAGGAAAGAACCAGUAACAGAACAUAACUGAUGAAAUGAUGUCCUUGAACAGGAAUGAGGGCAGCAUUGGGAUCUCAAGCACAGCUACAGCACAGAGACUGUCCUUAGGUAGGAGGGGAGAGACCUACUAUCAUGUAACAGGAGAAAGAGAGGGGAAAAUAGCACAUCCACUGCGAAAUAGUGGAAGAAUGGUGGAUUGAGGAGAAUAAAGUUUGAAAUCUUUUGUGUAGAGUGCUGCACAUAGAGGCACAGUACGAUUGCCGGGAAAAGUUAAGAGAAAUUGUGUUUAUUGUUUUAAUAGACCUCCAGUAUUCAGAAUUGGAUAGAUCACUAAUUUCACCCACUGACUCAUGAAUCUAUCACUUAUCCUGAAAACAAGAACAUGAGCAAAAACUUAGAUCUACCAAAAUGUGGUAUCAUCCUGUUUCACACAUCUGCCCGCUCCUGACCAUAAGAAACUACUCUUCUGAUAUAGAGUUUAUCAUUCUUUUUUUAAAUCAUUCUUAUAUAUUUAAAAAUAUAUAUGAUUUUGACAAGUACUGUAUGUCUAAAAAAUACAUUACUUGGUAUAUACUUUUAUUCUUUUUUUGGGAUAUAAUACACAUACCAUAAAAUUCACCCUUUUAAAGCAUACACUAUAUUGGUUUUUAGUAUAUUCACAAAGAUGUGCACUACUAAUUCCAGAACAUUUUAAUCACCACCCGCCUCCGAAAAGAAAAACCUCUGCAGUCAUUAGCAGUCAUUCCCAUCCUAUCCUUGACACUGGCAGCCAUUAACCCACUUUCUGUCACUAUAUAGAUUUGCCUAUUUUGGACAUUUGAUGUAAGUGGAAUCAUACAGUAACUGGUCUUUUGUCACUGGUUUCUUUCACUGGUUUCUUUCAGGAUUCAUCCAUGUUGUAGCAUGUCCUACUAUUUCAUUCCUUUUUAUGGCUGAAUAAUACUCCAUUGUAUGGAUAUACUACAUGUUGUUUAUCCACUCAGUAGUGAUGGACAUUUGGGUUGUUUCCAUUUUGGGACUAUUAAACAUGCGAACAUUGCUGUACAAGUUUUGGUAUAGACAUACAUUCUCAUUUCUCUUGGGGACCUCAGGGUAGAAUUGGUAACUGUAUGUUUAACCAUUUGAAGAGGUGCCAGAAUGUUUUCCUAAGCAGCUCCAUCAUUUUAUGUUCCAACCACCAGCAUAUGAGGGUUCUGAUUUCUCUAUGUCCUUGUCAACACUUGUUAUUAUCUGUCUUUCUUAUUAUAACCAUCCUAGUUUGUGGCAAGAAGCAUUUCACUGUGGCUUUGAAUUGCGUUUCCCUGCUGGCUGAUGAUGUUAAGCAUCUCUUCUGGUAUUUAUUGGCCACUUACAUAUCUUCUUUGGAGAAAUGCGUAUUGAGAUCCUUUGCCUUUUUAAAACAUUGAGUUCUCUUUUUAACAAUGUGUUGUAAGAGUUCUUUAUCUAUUCUAGAUAGUAGUCCCUUUUCAGAUAUAUGAUUUGGCAGUAAUGAACAAAGCUACUACCAACAUUCAUGUGCUUAUGUCUCCAUUUGAUUAAUGAGAUUAUUUAUGUCAUUCUGUUUUUUCUUGAUCAGUCCUGCUUAACUUUUAUCUAUUUUGUUACUCUUUUUAAAGAACUAACUUUAAGCUUUACUAAUCACUUUUCUUGUAUUUUUAUUUUCUAUUUCAUUGAUCUAUGAUCUAUGCUAUGUUUAUUAUUGUGGGGUUUACUCUUAUUUUUCUGCCUUCUUAAAUUAGAAACAUUAAGCCUUUCUUCUUUUCUAAUGUAAAUAUCUAAGACUGUAAGAAUUUUAUUUAAGCCUUGCUUUUCCCGCAUGCCACAAGUUUCAAUAUAUAAAUGGUUUUCUUACCAUUUGGUUCAGAUAUUCUUGUUGAAAUUUGUCAUGAUAAACUUGUAGUAUACCUAUCUGCCAAUUUGUAUGAUUUUCCCCAGUAGCUUGAGUGUGGGUACAGGAAAAGUUGAAAGUUAAAGACAAUCCUUAACUUGGAUUUGGUUUAGAGUUUUGCCAGCAGAAUACACCUCAACCACUGUAUCUAGUAUCAUACCUCACCUCCACAUCUCAUUUUCUCCCUGCAGCUCAUUAAGUAGUCUUUCUUUAAUUCAAAACUUCGUCUCUCAUUACACUUCAUUUCAUUACUGCAUCUAUCACACACAUGCAUCACUAAAUGUCAUUGCCUAAACUGACUCAUAAUACUGUGGGCCAUAAGACUCUCAGCUAUUGUGAUAAGAAUCUUUGCAAGGAUAAAGGAUGGAAUUUAAACCAGGUGGGAAGGGAAGUCAAGAGAGACAGGGACUAUUAAAUAGGUAAGUAACAGUGGGCUCAAUGAAUUGGAAGUCCCAAUGAUGUAAAAUGAACUGAUGAUAAGGCGUCAUUGAGUAACUAAGAUGGAAAUGUAGAAGGUUGUUGUUUGAGAAUGGAUUAUCUGAAUUUAAUAUCUUAGAACACUUUUAACUGAAUUUUCAUGAUCUGUUGAUUUUAUGCUCACAGAGUAGAUGUGUGAAGGAGAAUGGAAGGGAAGGACCAAAGAGGAAGCUCCUGAGUGUUGGCUGAGUAGUGUCCCAUAAGAAGUGAAGUCUCCUAGGCUGAUGAUCAGAGUUAGGGGGUGAGAAAUUCUGUAAGACAGUUGCCAUAGAUUCAGUGAAUAAGAAAAGGUGACAAGAAAUUCAUAGUUCAUAGCAAUGAGAGAGGACAAACUGUAGUCCAGUUAAAUGGCCUAAGCCUCACAGAAGCAGGAUUCCUUAAUGGGGUUGGAGAAGGAGUGGACUGGAAGGGCAGUUGGACUCAAAGAGAACCUCACCUUGCCUUUGGACUCUGAGAGGCAUGAUAAUCAAGAGAAUAAAAAGUGACUACUUACAAGAGCUGUAGGGGAGAGCCAGGUUUCAGUUAGGACAAGGGGGUGUCUAAAACCUUUGGUAAAAAGAUACUUUUCUCAAAAUACUCCGUAUGUCUUCAGUGCAUCUCACCUACCCUAUACCUCAUUAAAUACUGCCCAUCCUGUGACAUUUCCUCCCUACUUCUUCCUAUGUAGCCUUUAUUUCAUUAGACUCCCCAUCUCUUGUUAUCAGUUUGCAUUUUAUUAUCCCAUCCCAAGGCAUAUUGCAUCUCAUUCACUAAAUGGGGAUGGGAAUCCCGAAGCCAGGCCUGAUCCAGGAGAGGUAUUGUGGGCCAAAGCCAGGAAACUUAUGCUAGAGGCUUGAACAGUUGGUUGGUUUGGAUAGUAUAAAGAGGCUGUCAAAUUGUAGCAAAGUAUAUUUUAGAAUUUUUAGAUGAUUUUGUGUAUAAGAAAAUAGCAUUUACUAUAACAAAGCCUGAGGUUCUAAGAACCCUAUAUUUCAUGGCAAAUUGUGUAAGUUCUGUAAGUUCAUUUGUUCAUCCAUAAAAACAAGUAUUUAUUGCACAUCCACUGUGGGAUAUAUACUAAAUACCAAGUUUAAUGGCCUGGGCCCUUUUCUCAAAGACUUCACAGUUUAGUGAGGCAGGUAGAUAUAUGAACACAUUCUCUGAAUUAAAAUGGUAACUGCUCUAAUAAAAAUAAAGUACUAUCUGUGUGUAAUAAUGAAAACCACUGUUUUUUAAAACCUGAAUUGGAUACAAGAACAUUGGAAGACUGACAUAUAAGCUGAACAUAUGCUUACCUAUAAUCUUUACCUGUAAUCCAAACCCACUCCCACGUAGAUACCCAGCAGAAAUGUGGCCAUAUGUUCACCAAAAUAUAUAUACAUGGGUGCCUCUGAGGCUCAGACACCUUAACUAAGUUGCUGCUGGCCAUGCAUCUGUCAAGUGGGAGGGAUGGGCAGGUCUGUCUGACUCCAAAACCAAGGCACCUAACCACUUCAUAAAGAUGGAGCCUCCAGAGGGGCCUGACAGAUAGCAGUCUCAUCUCCUGGCUAGAGACCAAAGGCAGAGCAUGCUUGGCUCUCACUCUUCAGCUUGUGCCUCAAACCCAAGCACACUACUUUUUAUACCUCUGGGAGGUGGAGGAAAUGGGUGCAGGAGAGCCAUGUCAGCACCUACACUCUCUCCCUCCUUUCAUCAGCUCUUCCUCUCUGUCUCCAACCUUUUCCCCUGCUUUAGUAUAACAACCUUCUUGUAUCUCUGCUUUCCUUAUAAAACAGGGAUAAUAAUGUUAUCUUUUAUUAUGGAUAUAAUGGUAAUUCCACAAAUUCUUUUUAAAAACACUUUGAGAAUAAAUUAGUUACUACUAUUGAGUUGUUCAUUUUGUCAUUUUUUCACUUGCAUUUAGGGGCAUAUCAGUACAGCUAAAUUUCAGAAAGUCAGCCCUAGACUAUUAAAGUGAAGUGGCAAAUUACUGCCUAGCUUAGUUCUUAAUAAACACACCAUCUCUUCUGGUCUCAAUAGCCAGCCUCAGAAGUGGGCAAAUUAGGCAGCUACCUACUUAAAGGUUUGAAAGAUGAUAAAAGAUCUCUACCUAAAAAUGCCUCCCCACCUGUAAUUCUAAUUCUACACACCCCAAGAGCCUCCUUGAAAAGCCAUAUGCUUUCCAACCAAGUAUGAGGUUACCUAAGAGAGAUUAUUUGUUAGCUAAUUAAUUCAUCUGUCAUAGAAGCCACCUGCUUCCAGUAUCACCUGGAAGAGAAGAGGGGCCUGAAAGAAUGACACCCAGGAUGAUAUGAUUUGAUGGGUUAAGGGAGCAGGUAGAAGAGUUGAAAGUGGAGUUAGAAAUUAAGGGAAGGAAAGAUCCAGAACUUGGAACACUACUAAGGAAGUCAAAACCUUUAGACAGCCUAAAGACUUAAAGAGAUAUGCAUCUCUAAGAGAGAAGGUUUUUAAAAGAGGGGAGUUAGUGUUUGAUGGGUACAGAGUUUCAAUUGGGGAAAUUAAAAAACUCUGGAGAUGGAUGGCAAUGGUAGUUGCAUAAGAAUGUGAAUGUACUUAAUGCCACAAAACUGUAGACUAAAAAUGGCUAAAAUGAUAAGCUUUAUGAUAUGUAUACUACAAAUAUAUUCUAGACAAUUUGUGAGGGAAAUGAAGGCAGUCAAGGCUGUUUUCACCAAUCCUUUGCCUUAGGUGGUAUGGUAGUCAGCCUUCAAGGUGGCUCCUAUGAUCCUCACCUCCUACUAUUCACUCCCCUGUGUUGUCCCCUUCCACACUGGAUAGAGCUGACCUACCCAGGUCACAGGACACAGCACAGAUGACUGGAAGUGAUCUUCCAAGGCUAAGUCAUAAGAGAUACUGCAACUUCUAACUGAUUUUCUCUUGAAUCUCUUGCUCUGCAGGAAGUGAGCUGCAUGUUGUAAGAACAUGCAAGCAGUCUAUGGAGAGGUCCAGGGAGGAGAAACUGAGACCUCCAGUCAACAGCCAUCAUUAACCUGUCAACCAAGUGAGAAACCACCUUGGAAGCAGGUCCCAAGCAGCCCCAGUCAACAUCAAAACUGCAACCUCAUAGCAGAGCCUAAGCCAGGACCACACAGCUAAGCCACUCCCAAAUUCCUGACCCACAGAAACUUGAGAUAAUGUUUGUAGUUGUUUUAAGCCACUAAGUUUUGGGGUAAUCUGUUACACAGACAUUGAUAACUAAUACAGAGAGCAGGAGAAUCCUUUAUCAACUGCCUGAGGCUAGAGGUAUCUUCAGUCAUUUAUGUGUCUCUGCUCCUGGAUUAUAUCACAGCUACUUGAAGAUAUUCUGAGACCCCAUUUAGGUAAAGUGGCACUUACCUCUACAUUUUAUGAAUAUCCAACAGGUGACUUAAAAAUAUUUCCCAAGAUUGGAGAGGCAUUGCUGAAUUUCAGAUAGUAAAAACUAGGAAGAGCAAUUCCUAACAUAAUACACCUUGUCAGAUAACGUGAACAUUUUUCCUUUAAACACUGUAGGUGAAAUGCUUGCAAACCUGAAGGCAGGCCAGUGUUUUAAAUCAUUUUCCUCCUUAAGAUGUGUGAAAACUCUUUCAAUAUACUUGUAUUAAAAAAGAGGAGACAAAUAAAUAAAUCAAGGUGGUAAAUAACUAAAUAAGUAAGUAAUUAAAUACAGCAAGCUAACUGAAGAACUUAGUAAGGGCUAACUUCUUUCCUCUUGUCUCUGUGUGUGUACCCACCUAGAAUUCUAAUCUCUGCAUCUGUGAGUCUCCAGUUUUUCAGCCCAAGCUUGAUGAGCUGAGAGGCUCCCUCCAGUUGCUCCAACAGCCUGGUCAGGCUGAUUCGUACAUCACACCACCACGGCAGCAUCAGAACAGUUAGCUCUUCCAAGAUGGGCAGCCUGUCAACUUGAAGAACCAGAGGGCAGUUCAACAAUUGGAUCCACCUCAAAACUGAUGAAGGAUGAAGAGAUGUGGGAGGAAUGAUCUUUAUCUCUGCAGCCUACUUAAUGUUCAGGUGACAAGGGAGGCAGAGCCGAAUGGGAAAUUAUUUGUGGAUGAAAAUGAAUCCCAGAUUACAGUCAAGUAGAGGAAGGCUCCAGCCAGCCCGUAGCUUCACACCACUCAGCAGCCCCUGCUCUGGGCUACAGGGCUGAUCUACACAGAAAUCCCGGAGUGUGACCUCCAGGGUCUUGAAUUCCUGCUUCGAGUUGAAGAGCAAAGACACAGCCCUGCUGGGAAUAUAGGUUCCUGAGGACUCUUGAGUGUGGGUCCUGCUUAUGUCUCCUGCCGCCUUGUCCAGCGAAGCUUCAGCUCCCCCGUAAAGGUCCAGUUUUACGAAGUCCAGAGCACUUGCACAAUUAGGCAGGUCUUCAAAGAAGUCAAAUAAGUAAUCAGGGAUGUUCUGUGAGUUGAUAUAUAAGCUUUUACCACGAAAGAAAGCUUCAAAUUCUUCCCUCAGGGUUGAUGUGGACAUGCUCUCAUGGAAUAAAUUGAUGCCACACUCUGUAAAGCAAUUGAUGUUUCUGUCUUUCAGCGUUUCUUGCACAGUGGUGCUUUUCACAUUUUGCAUAGACUCCUGCCUCCAGAGAGGCCUCUUGGUGACAGAAAGCCCGAGGAGGCUGCCGUGUUGACACACUGACGCAAGGUGUUUCAGAACAGCCCUGGUGGCCUCGUCAGAUGACCCACACGUGUACAGGAGCAGGCUGCUAUACUUGGAUGUAAUGUCUGAAAUGGAAACCAUUUUCUGUAAGUGACCGUUCCCCUUGGUCACCUCCGCUGGCUCUCCAGAGUUCAGUAAACUGCUGAGUCUGCGCCCUGCUGUGUACUCCUGGAAAGAUUUAUGAAAGAAUUUAUACUUUGCCUUGAACCGUUGAGCUGUGUAUUUACAGAGGAGUCCCGUUGUCAGUAGGACAUCCUCGUUCACGCUGGACAAGUCAUCUGGUUCGAAAUCAAACCUCUGGGAGAACACGCCCUCCAGAGCUAGGUCUCCACAGUGGUCCAGGCUCCGAGUAACUUCACCGGGAGCCACCCCUUUACGUUUGUGCUUGUUUUUAUUUAUUUGCAGAUCAUAGAACGCACGGAACAGUGUGGUCUGUGUGUGAGAGUGGAACUCACUUUCUCCCAUCUGGAUCGCACACGUGAUGACCACAAAGAGAGGGGUCUUCAUCAGAUUCCUCAAGCACCUGAAUUUCUGAAUUUGGAGCAACAAGCCCUCAGCAAGCUCUUUUAUCAGCACUUCCCGGAUGAGAGCCUGGGCACUGUCCUCCGUCAUGUCCCCCACCUCGGCGAUCAGUGCACCAAACUGCCGGAUGUGCCUCAGGCACUCCGUGGUGGUGGUGACAAUGACCAUGUUCUUAAAGCGGUGGUUUUCCUUUAUCAGGGCAUUGAUUUCUGGGCAGUUCUGGGCCUUAAAUUCAUUGUAGCCAUCAAGGAGGAAAAGAACCCUCUGCCGCAGCUUCAGCAGCGUGGCCAUGAAAGUCUGCUUCCUGAUAGUGUCAGGUAUAUCCAGGAGUUGGUCACAUAGGGUUUCAAAGAGUCCACCCUGGGCCCUGCUCAGACGGAGAAAGAAGACCAAUUUGAACUUGGUCAGAGCCUGACACUCUCCAGAGGCCCAGAGCAUGGCAAUUCGCUGCAGCAGAGUGGACUUCCCUUUGCCUGAUUCCCCUUCGAUGAUGCAGGGGCUCUGAAGAGUGUCCAGCAGGCCACUCAGGGUCAGCUGCUCCAGACGGUGAUGAUGUUGGUCCUUCCUCCACAGAACCGGUUCUGUGAAGGUUCUUUUCAAAUUAAAAAUAAUGUCAAUAUCUUCACCCAGGGGAUGGAAGUUCAGAAAAGAUGGAGUGUGGUAUAAGUCCUUUAAAUCCUGAGCCAAAACAUCUAAGUCCUCUUCUGACAUUUGAUGAAAAAGACCUGUUAGAGAAGAGGUGAGGUUAAAGAGGACCAAAUUCUGUGUCUCCCCAGAACCUAGAGUUCAGGAGGAUGAAGGGAGGGUGAUGCUGAGAACCUUCCCUUGGUGACUUUAAUUUCUCUCCUCAUUUUUGAGCUCACAGAAAGGGUUCCAAAUAUUUACUUCUGCUUUUCCCUGUUACCCUUUGCCCUACUUCCCCUUUGCCUUGUUUCCUCCUUUCCACCACCAAAUCUUAUAGCAGCUGAUUGGAAAUCAGAGGAGCCAGAGUUUGGGUUCAGGAAACUAUGUGAGAAAAGUGGGGCUAUGGCUGAGAAUGAUGGUCAGGAGUAACUUGUAGCAGAUCAAGCCUUAACUGUAAAAUCUUGUCAUGAAAUGACAUUAAUUAAACAUUAAUUAAAAUCUA